AUGACCGCCGAAGAGAAAAGCAAUUUCACGUACGGAUAUACUUCGACCAUUAAUGGCUGCUCUGGAAAGUCGGGCGGUGUUCCGCGGCUCGGGUACCCUGAAUUCCGCCUUCAGGACGCAGGCAAUGGGGUCCGUGGCACCGACAUGGUGAACAGCUAUGCCUCGGGCAUUCAUGUCGGCGCAUCGUGGAACCAGCAGCUCGCCUAUGAUCGGGCAAAGGAAAUGGGGAGGGAGUUCAAGAUGAAGGGGGUGAAUGUUGCGCUCGGACCUGUAGUGGGCCCUUUGGGUCGUAUCGCUCGAGGUGGCCGGAACUGGGCGGGCUUUGGCAACGACGCAUACCUCUCGGGGGUUUUAGCAGGCGUUACCGUCCGUGAACUACAAGAGUCUGUGAUAGCAUGUGUCAAGCAUUUCAUUGCCAAUGAGCAAGAGACCAGUCGUAACCGCCCUUACUCACCCCGGGUGCGCUCAAUAGGUCGGUGUCAUAGAACGUGGACGAUAAAACACUACACGAGCUCUACCUCUGGGUCGAAAGCAAAUUUCCCUCCAGAUACACGCAGUGCUUCUCGAUUCGUUAUACUACGGUAA